AUGACUAUACCUUCGGGCGGUACAGUUGUCCCAGAGACCAAUGUCGGUUCCUUAACCACAGUGCCGUCCGUCACCUUCAUCACCACUCCCUCCUCAUCCUCAUCCUCCACCACCAUCACCACCACCACCACCUCCUCCUCCUCCUCCGAAAAGCACAAUUCUCUCGCCCUCCCCCUCGGCAUCGGUAUAAGUUUGGGCGUUCUUACCCUCCUCCUCCUCGCCCUCGGGUGGUUCUUUCUUCGCCGCCGACGACUCAAACAACAGAAUGCGGAGCCUACGCCGGAGGACAGGAGCGCUCCUAGGCGCUCGAUCAGGUGGAGUUUCUCACCUCGCAUGCCGUGGGCCAGCCACGGAGAGCACAGGGAGUGGGAUGAAUCGAAGACGGAGGCGAGAGAUGAUGCAAGGAAUGAUCUGGCCGCUGUGGGGGGUGUAGGAGAGUUGCCGGAUAAUGCUGUGCUUGAGGAACUGCCAGCGGAGGAAGAAGCGGAGAGGUUGGCGGAGCUUGAUGGUGGCAUGAGGAGGGUGAGAAGGGGCGCGGUGAUGGCGGACAGCGGGGCUGCCGCACAGGUGGACCCGCUGGCGACGCUGGCGAAUAGGGACGGUGAUGGACAUGUGCUGAAUUUCAUGGAGUAUCAUGGGGGCCGGUGA